AUGCCCCUCCGUGGUAGGCUUUUCAGUAAGACGAGUCAUACCCGUAGUGCGUCCACACCAGCUAGGCCACUAGAUCCAGGAGACUACGCCUUUCAUGAGGAAGUUCGACGACGGCAAAUUGCCGAAUGGGAAGAGCGCUUGAUUGGAUAUCGGCGCGAAGGAGGGCAAAUCGAGCCGACCGGUCCUGAUCCAUGCCUCACUGGUGAGAGCCGCCUUCUCGAAGCACCCCCAGCCCAGCCUGGUCCGCCGCCUUCGACUCCACUGCCGCCGCUCCUUUAUCCAUCUGCAGCAAACCGACCAGCAGUGGAAUCGCUCUCGAUGUAUCCCCAGAAUACACAUGUGCAGCGAGCAACUCGCUCACAGACUCGCCUUACACAACUUAAUGCUUCGUAUGCACAAACCAACCUAGUGAAUCCUUUGCCUAAGCAGUCCAUGAUACCACGCAAGCCUGUUCCACCUCCAAAGGAUCGACCAGCAACAGCAGCUCCGCGAAUUAGACCUUCCACUGGAGUACCAGAGCAUAGCGAACUGUGGUUCGAUGACCAACUCGCACACUUCCGGCGAAAUCCUUCAUCGCCACCAGUGACCCCGGGUCCGUCAAACUGGCUGGGUGAACGCGUGCCACCUCGUUCAGCUCCCUUCCAAACACAUCAAGGUUCCUCAGGUAAUGUUCUAGUGCGGCCGUCCUCAGUUCAGCCAAUUCGACCAGCCAGGCCACCGCGUCUCAAUACGGCACUCUUAGGAUUCCGCUCAAAUGUUGCAGACUUCCGUCAGAUGUUGCCCCCAGAGAUGCAACCGCCAGACAAGCCACUUCCAGCAUUGCCUUCGCCGGUGCCCCAACUUCCGAGCUUGGAAUUUGACACGGAUGGCUCAUUACAUGAAGAUAAAGACCUAUCAAAGUACCUGACGGCUGAUAAGUCGGGUCUCGAGCCAUUCAAGCGAAGGAUGCCGACCUCGACGGCAAUUGUGAAGGGCGACAUCAAAAAGAUCGUUGGAACUGAAUAG